AGAAGAUUGGAACCCAAACCUUUAGCUUUCGUUUGUUAUUUUGUUAUUUCCUUAGUUAUUUCCUUUGAGAGUUCUUUGCGUUUUAUUCCUUUUACGAGAAAACCCUAAAAUCGCCAUCCCCCUACGUCACAUCACCGUAAAAGUUGGUAUCAGAGCCCCGUUAAUGAGAUAUGAGUAUCUCUAUUGGCGGGAGCAGCUGGGCCAGGUAAUCUGGCAACUCCGGCAACCCGCUAGGACGAGAUUUACCCUCGACGGUUUCGAUCCAGUCCAUCGUGCGCUGCCCGAACCAUGCUCGGACGUUCCGCCAUGGCCCGAGAGAGAUUCAUUGGUCGAUACUGAGAUGUCUCUUCAUGUGCCAACGGAGGGGCCAGCGAUAGUUCCAUCAACCACCACCACUACUAACCUGUCCGUCGCUGCCGACAUGAAUCCACCAAACGUAGAGCUAAACCAAGCUCCAAUUCCACCUCCACGAAAGCCAUCCAUCACUACAUCGGCCACCAUCAAGCUCGAGCGGGAGCAACAGCUUUCCUUCGAGUCACCACCAGCUGCCAUUACUUCAUGCGAGAGUAAAACCCUAGCUCAACAGUCGCAUACUUCACCAUCGUCGUUGAUCGUUACAACUGCAAAGAAUGAAGCAGGGUAGCUAUUGUUGUGGCCAAUGGACGUCGGAAAAGGAUUCAAGAAGGUGGAAUCGAUGGGCUUACCUCUUGGAAAUUCCGAAGGAAGAAACGUCAAGCCACUGC